UUUACAGAGAUGUCAAAGAUAAAUGAAAAGACCAAAGUUUCAUCAAAGCGUUUUCUUCCAUAUGCCAGAGGAUUUACACCACCUACCAAGAGAAUUCAGCUUUCAGCUAUUGGAAAUGAUAAAAACCUUCCAGAGUUUUCCCCAGGUAGUGACACUGAUAAUUUCUUCUCAACAGUGCCACAACCUACAGACAUCGAUGACUGGUUGGCCCAAUAUUGUGAGGAGGGCCAAACCUAUAAGGAAUUCUGUGAGGAGUGUCCAUGGCUAUCCUCAAGAAAGUGGGCAUACAUGAAACAAGCAUUCAAACCAAAGGGGAAAAAUAUCCUAGAGAAAUACCCUGCAGGUAAAAUCUUUUUACUUCCCCUUGGGGAGUUUAACAGCGACCACUGUGUGGAUUUUGAUCAGCUUCAAGAAUUUUCACAGAUAUACCUUGGGAUUGAUGUUGUCUCUCUGCCUGGAGUCAAACUUGAGAUUAAAGACAGAUCUGUUUCUUGGAUCGAGGACAAUCAAUCUGAGGCAUCCUCCCGAGCUCAAAGAAUUAGCAGCAGAGUAAAAAAGCACACACUGAAUGCCCGAUUUAACACUAAACCAAAACACUACCAGAUAUGUGUAGAUGAGGUUUUAUUAAAGCUGAAACAGAGGAUCCCAGAUGAUGCAUUGUGCAUGAUUGCCUUGACAAUGUCUGAUCUCUAUGGUGAUGAUAGAGACCUCUUUGUGGCAGGGAUGGCAGCAGGGAAGCACAGAGUGGCUAUUUUUAGCUUUGCUAGAUAUGAUCCAACCUUGACCUUCGAUAUUGGAGACUGGUAUGGAAUACAACAGAAUUUAAAAGGAAUCGAUACCGAGGAGCGAAAAAAGAUCAUAUUACAAAGAAGCUGCAAGCUUUUAGUGCAUGAAAUUGGUCAUCUGCUGGGAAUUGACCACUGCAUUUUCUACGACUGCUGUAUGAAUGGCUCUGGACAUUUACAGGAAGACUUCCGUCAGCCCAUUCAUCUGUGUCCAGUUGACCUCCAUAAACUUCAGACAUUGGUAGGGUUUGAUGUCACAGAGAGAUAUAAAAAGUUAUUGGGAUUUUACCAAAAACAUGACAUGCAUAGCGAGGCUGAGUGGGUCAAAGCAAGGCUUGAGUACUUAUCUGCCUUCAAGUGAGAGCUGGGCAUUUUGUAAUAAGUUAUCUACAUUGCACAAUUUAUAUAAAAAUCCACUAUUUUGAUUCUCAUAUUCAUAUAUAUAUAUAUAUAUAUAAAUUAUGCAGAUGAAGUAAUGAGAUACUGUAAAAUUACUAUUUUUUGUGGGGGUUCAAUUUAUGAUCUCAACAAAACGCAAUUUUUAAAUACAGUUAAACCUCAUUAUCUCAAAACUUCGAGAUAUCCAAGGGUUAGAGAUAAUAAGGGUAAAAUACUUAAAGAAAAAGUGUUUGGGACUUCCAAAUCACUUCGACGUAUCCAAAGUAUUCGAGAUAUCCAUGUUCGAGACACUGGAGUUCAACUGUAUCAGUCUUCAACCAUGAAAUCAAAUUCUCUUGAACCCCCCUUUUUUUGCUUCAACCACAAAAAUUUGACCCCAUGAAAUUAGUGAUUUUACAAUAUACUAGAAUCAUCCUCAAUUUUUAUUUUUACAUAAACUGUGAUACGUACAUUCUUUUUAUCAGGGACAUGUGUGAUCUUUUUAUCUACCUCAGUAUUACUCUCAUGAUCAAUUUGGUGUUAUUUGUAAAAUUUAAUAAUAUAUCAAAUAUUUUUUUUUUUUUUUACAUUUAUUAAUAAAUGUAUACUUUUCAUAGCUGAAAAUAAUGAAGAGAACUGGAAUGGUUGACUGGAAUAAAUUGAUUAAAGGAGACAACUAAA